GCAUCGCCGGCCGCAAAAGUCAAUCUGAAUCUGAAAGGCUGUUCCUGGUCCUUCCCCAUGGAAGAGGCGGCGGAAGACAAAAGAAGGUUUAGCAAGGUAAUUAAUCCACAACCCACAACCCACAGCCCACAGCCUACAGGGGAACCAGAACACAGAACAAGGAACACGUGCCCAGACUCGCCUUGCAUGCAAAAAGGAAGGAGGCGACUUGUUAUUAUGACACAUAAGAGCUGAACAUGUAGCCAUCUGCGAAGCAAGUUCGUAACUAUGUACGUAAGGGCUGGCGUCGUACUAGAGAACAUGACAGGCAGGUACUAUUUUCUUGAAUUUUCAUCGUGCGACAAAAUGCGAUGAAGAGUUUUUUCGCCCUUGAACGCCGAUGGAAACCGGCCUCCACCGCUCUAUUCUCUGC